CUCCAGGGGUACAGAGAAAGGCAAAGGACAGCCCCUGCCCUCAAGCAGCUCCCACUCUAACGGAGGAGACAACAGGCCAACCACUACAUACAGACAACCUACAUCCAGGACAAAGGAGAUUAUCAGUGGUGGGAGGGCUCUAGGGUUACAGGGGAAGCAGGAAAGGCUUCUUGGAGGCCAUAUUUUAGCUGAGACAUGAAGCAGUCCAGGAGAUGACCAUGAACAGGGCCACAGUUGUAGGCUUGGGGAGCUGUGAGCCGGGUCUAAGGACAGCAAGGCAGCUGUUGUAACUGGAGAGAAAAUGAAGGGAGGAGGGGAGUACGGCAUGAGGAGACUGGAAAGGGGCCGGCCAAGCAAAGGGUUUACAUUGGACCCUGGAGGGCAGCGGAAGCAGGGGACUUUAUUGAUGAGAGGGAGGGCCUGGUCAGAUGUCCUUUGUACUUUGUACCGAACUUAGGGGAGACUCUGGAGGCAGAGGGCAACUCAGAACAUAGCAUGUGGCAAGGCAGCUGGGAGUGUCAAAGCGGACACUUAGAACAUAGGAUGUCAGAGCUGAAAAGGGCUUUAAGGCUUAGAACAUAGGAUGUCAGAGCUGAGAAGGGCCUUCAGGCUUAGAAUAUAGGAUGUUGGAGCUGAGAAGGGCCUUAAGACUUAGAAGAUAGAGUGUCAGAGCCGAGACAACUUAGAAUAUUAGAGGUGGGAAGGACCUUAAAACAUAGAAUAAUGGGGUAGACCCGCCAUAGAACGUGGAAUGUCAGAGCUGGGAAUAUAGAAUAUCCAAACCGAGGAAGGCCUUCCAACUUAGAACACAGAAUAGUAGAGGUGGGAGGGACCUUAGAACAUUAGAAUGGUGUGGAGAACGGGACAUAGGACUUCCAAGGUCAGGGCCGGAAGGGACAUUAGAACAGGGAACGUCAGAGCUGCUCCUCCGAACAGGGAGAGCCUUGACGAGGAGCCCGUGACCUUGAGGCCAAAGACGCAAUUACUGCACUAAGAAAUGCUCCGGGAGUACCCUGCAGCAGGUCGGCGCAGGCGCAGUCCCGGCGGGCCAGCAGGCGGCUCUGCGGCUGCGCAGGGCGGUCCCCGUAGUUCCGCCCGGAACCUUGUUACGCUGCUCCCGGCGCCGACGGACCGCUUAAGGAGGGCGCCGGGGCGGGGCGGGAAGGAUGCGCCCGUUGUCCGGGGUUACGGUGGAUAAGAUGGCGGCGAGCGGGGACUCUGCGAGCGGCUGCAACGAGAGGAUCAGAACGUAGAGCCUCAGAGGAUCUCGGUGGAAGGUUGGCCACCGUUGCAUUGUCGGCUUUGUCCCUCACUCUUCCUCCACAUGAUGAAUCCCCCCAGCUUCCUCGUUGGCUCUCUCCUUCCCAGCCACCAUACUGAAGUCAAUUCCAAAUGGCUGGAUGCCCACUAUGACCCCAUGGCUAACAUCCACACUUUCUCUGCGUGCCUUGCACUUGCGGAUCUCCACGGGGAUGGCGAGUACAAGCUGGUAGUGGGGGACCUAGGUCCUAAUGGUCGGCAGCCAAGACUCAAGGUGUUCAAAGGACCUUCAGUGCUGACUGAGAGCCCACUGCCUGCCCUGCCAUCGGCUGCUGCUGCUUUUCUCAUGGAACCCCACGAACCUCGGACCCCAGCAUUGGCACUGGCCUCUGGCCCCUGUGUGUACGUCUACAAGAACCUUCGGCCCUACUUCAAAUUCAGCUUGCCUCCCCUGCCUCCUAACCCCCUGGAACAGGAUCUCUGGAACCAAGCCAAGGAGGACCGGAUUGACCCUUUGACCCUAAAGGAGAUGCUGGAGGGGAUCAGGGAGAAAGCCGAGGUACCUCUGUCCUCGCAGUCCCUGAGAUUCUUGCACCUGGAGCUGGGAGAGAUGGAAGCCUUUGUUGCUCAGCACAAGACUCAGCCCAUCAAGCGGCAGACAGUCAUCACGACCAUGACCAUCCUGAAGAAGAACCUGGCCGAUGAGGAUGCUGUGUCCUGCCUGGUGCUGGGGACUGAGAACCGGGAGCUCCUGGUGCUGGACCCCGAGGCCUUCACUGUCCUGACGAAGAUGAACCUGCCCAGUGUCCCUGUGUUUCUGGAAGCGUCAGGGCAAUUUGACGUGGAAUUCUGGCUCACGGCUGCCUGCCGGGACGGUAACAUCUACAUCCUGAGAAGGGACUCUAAGCGCCCAAAAUAUUGCAUUGAGCUCAGUGCCCAGCCUGUCGGGCUCGUCCGGAUUCACAAGACCCUGGUGGUGGGCAGCACCCAGGACACGCUCCACAGUUUCACCCACAAGGGGAAGAAGCUGUGGACGGUGCCCAUGCCAGCACCCAUCCUGACAAUGAGUCUCUUGGAACAACGUUCCCGGGGUCUGCAGGCCGUCAUGGCUGGACUGGCCAAUGGGGAGAUGCGCAUUUACCGAGACAAGGCCCUUCUCAACAUCAUCCGUACCCCUGAUGCAGUGACCAGCCUCUGCUUUGGCCGCUACGGGCGAGAGGAUAAUACCCUUAUCAUGACCACUAGAGGCGGGGGCCUGGUUAUCAAGAUUCUGAAGCGAACUGCAGUGUUUGGGGAAGGGGCUGGAGAGGCAGGCCCGCCCCCAGCCCAAGCCCUGAGGCUUAAUGUGCCUCGAAAGACCAGACUGUACGUGGACCAGACUUUGCGGGAGCGAGAGGCUGGCACUGCCAUGCACCGAGCCUUCCAGAUGGACCUCUAUCUGCUCCGGCUGAGGGCAGCUCGUGCCUAUGUGCAGGCUCUGGAGUCCAGCCUGAAUCCUGUGUCCGCCAGCCUCCGGGAGCCCCUCAAGCUGCAUGCUGUGGUUCAGGGCUUGGGGCCCACCUUCAAGCUGACCCUUCAUCUCCAGAACACUUCUGCUGUCCGCCCUGCCAUGGGCCUGCUGGUCUCCUUCCUGUACAAUGAGUCCCUCUACACCCUGCCCCGGGCCUUCUUCAAGGUUCCCAUGUUGGUACCAGGCCUCAGCUACCCCAUGGAGACCUUUGUGGAGUGUCUCAGUGAUAAAGGCAUCUCAGACAUCAUCAAGGUGCUGGUGCUUCGUGAGGGCCAGAGUGCACCCCUGCUGAGCGCUCACAUUAACAUGCCCGUGAGCGAGGGGCUGGUAGCUGCCUGAGCCCAGGACUGGCCAGGAGCAAGCACUAGCUAGGCAUUGACCUUAAUGUAGAGGCAGCAAGCAGAGGCCAGCCCUGUGAGGGGACUUUGGAGGCAGUUGGCAUGGAGCCUCCCAGCUCACAGCAGCUGCUCCUUGGAACUUCUCUUGAAAGUGUGAGAUGGAUCUCACCCCCCAGAACAUCUUUGCCUGCCGCGCCGCCCCCCCCCCCCAAGGCCUGGUGUCCGUCAUCAUUAGCCUGUGUCCCUUCCCUAUUCUGGGCUUUGCCCAGAUGGCCUGAGGCCCCUUGCAGCUCCAGACAGGUGAUCCUCUGAGGGCUCCUUGCCUACUACAGGCUGAGCCUUGUGCCAUCCAAGCCUGGUGGGGGAAGUAGAGACUGCAGCAUAAAGCUUUUUCCUUAGCCUUGGGAUCAAACAGCACCUUCUGUGUGCCAGGCACAGCGCUAAGCCCAAAGGAAGAGCCCCAGCUGGAAAGGCCCCGUAACAGAGAGGCAGUUCCAUGCCUACCUACCCACCAAUCCAAGGACUGUCCCUGAAUCAGGCCUCAGCAGAGGGGACUCCCAUGGCAGGGAUGCUGCCAGGAAAGGCAGGAGACAGAAGGGGGGGGGUGGAGGUGGGGGUACCAUGGACAGAGGGGAGGAAGCAGGGCCUCCCCGUCUAAAAACGUAGAGCUUUAAACCAGGUGGACUGGGCAGCCAGAUAGCAAAGCAAUAAAGCCCUGGGAUGGUACCACCAGA